CUGCCAAAGGAGUAAAGAAACCCUCAUCUGGUGUUAUGCUCAACUCAACUUCCACUUCAUUUCCACCCCUACCACGUUUCUCACUCUCUUUCUCUCUCCCUCUCUCUAAUCCCACCUAUAUUACACUGGGUUUUUGAGUGACAUCGAGGAUUUUGUUAUGGAUUAUGAGGCUGAUAAAUUUGGUGCCAAUGGAGAGGGAGAGAGUAAGAGAGUGGGUGAAGUGGUUUCUGAGGAGAGUGUAGCGGGGUCUGAUCAAACGAAGGGUUUAGAAGCAGAGUAUGUUUUUCAGGAGGCAAUGGAGCCACGGGAGCAGGUCCAUGAUCAGGGAUCCAAACUCAAUUCGGAGGAUGCGGUAGUUGAUGAACAAGACGAUACUGAAACCGGUAGUGCAUUGACUUCUGCUUUGGCGGAUGGAAAUACUCCAGAUGCCGUGCAGGAGCCCGAUUCCUUUGAGCAGGCUGUUGGAGCUGAUACUGACUCUGGGAAGCUCGGGGAAGAUGAAGUAAUUGCUAAGCAGGACUUGGAGGAAAGGGAUGGGCAGGGAAAUGAUUAUGUUCCUUUGGAUGGUGUUGACUCUGGAGUGCCUGGAGAUGGAGAAAUUUGUGAUGAGUCCUGUGGUGUGGGGGAUGAUAAUCUGGAGAGUAGUGAUGGGGGUGAUGGAAAGGAAGAAUCUGGGUUAAAUUCUGACAGAGAGAUGUUAGUUCUGGAGAAUGGUUCUAUGGUGGAUGGAAAUUCUGGUUUGGUGAGUGAGAAGGCUGAAAUUGAUGAUUCUGAAUUCAUGACUCCUAGAGAGAAUGGUGGUAUAGUGUUGGACAAUGGAAGCACAGAUGAGGUGGAUGGUGUUGCUACUGAGGCUAUUAUGAAAUCUGAAUCCAGUGAGGUCAUUCCAGCCCAAGGUACUGAUGCUGGGGAUUUGAAGGAGUGUGCCCCAGAUCCUGAACUUGGAGAUGACAAGAUAGAGGUAAAGUUAAAUGCUUCAGUUGAUCCUUCUGGUGAGAUUCAAGAUGAUACAUCUGAAGAAGUACACGGCAAUUCAGCUCACAUGACUUUAGAACAUCAAGAUGAAGUAACUAGGGAUAUGAAGGAUGAUUCUCUGGGCACUAAUAUGAGUCACAAAGAUAGAAAUGGUGAAGAAAUGAGUACUGAUGGCAUUCAAAAUACUGAAAUAAGAGAUUGUGGGAAUGGCUAUGCUGAAGCUGGAAGCUCACCACCCUUUUUGGAAAAUUCCUCUAAUCAGCCACUGUCUGUUCAGGAGGCUAGUGCAGCUGAACCAAAGGAAGCUAGUAAUAAGGAUGAUCAAUCUCAGAUUUCUGAUGAAGAGCAUAGAGAUCAUGACAACACUUCUGUGGUUGAGGAGCCUGAAAGCAUACAGGAGAAGAUUAUUCAAGUGACUGGAGAGCAACAUGUUCAACCUGCAGCAGAUAUUUCUUCUUCAUCUGAAAGGUCUGCCGGUACUGUGCCUACUCCUGUCCGUCCUUCAUCUGAAAAUUCUGCUGCCGCUGGGCCCACUCCUGUUCAUCCAACUGGCCUUGGUCGUGCAGCUCCAUUACUGGAACCUGCAUCUCGGGUAGUGCAGCAACCUCGUGCUAAUGGUACUGUAUCUAAUAGUCAGUCCCAGCAAAUGGAGGACUCCUCGAGUGGGGAGGCUGAGGAGUAUGAUGAGACACGUGAGAAACUUCAGAUGAUCAGGGUGAAGUUUUUACGGUUGGCUCAUAGGCUUGGGCAAACUCCCCAUAAUGUUGUUGUAGCUCAAGUUUUAUAUAGAUUAGGAUUGGCUGAGCAACUCAGAGGAAGGAAUGGGGGGCGUGUUGGUGCUUUUAGCUUUGAUCGUGCAAGUGCAAUGGCUGAGCAGCUCGAAGCAGCAGGUCAGGAGCCACUUGAUUUCUCUUGUACAAUAAUGGUCCUUGGAAAGACGGGAGUUGGUAAAAGUGCUACCAUCAAUUCUAUUUUUGAUGAGGUUAAGUUUAAUACCAGUGCUUUUCAUAUGGGAACCAAGAAGGUUCAGGAUGUUGUGGGAACAGUGCAGGGCAUUAAGGUACGGGUCAUUGAUACACCGGGACUUCUACCUUCCUGGGCUGACCAGCGAAGCAAUGAGAAGAUCCUCCAGUCUGUUAAGCACUUUAUUAAGAAAACUCCACCUGAUAUUGUGUUGUAUCUUGAUAGGUUAGACAUGCAGAGCAGGGAUUUUAGUGAUAUGCCACUCUUGCGCACAAUUACUGAAAUUUUUGGGCCAUCCAUUUGGUUCAAUGCCAUUGUGGUUCUGACUCAUGCUGCAUCUGCUCCUCCUGAAGGCCCUAAUGGUACUGCUUCCAGUUAUGACACGUUUGUUACUCAACGUUCUCAUGUUGUGCAGCAAGCCAUUCGACAAGCAGCUGGUGACAUGCGUCUCAUGAAUCCUGUAUCCUUGGUGGAGAACCAUUCUGCUUGCAGAACAAAUAGGGCUGGUCAGAGAGUAUUGCCAAAUGGCCAGGUUUGGAAACCUCAUUUGUUACUUCUAUCUUUUGCCUCUAAAAUUCUGGCUGAAGCCAAUGCUCUUCUCAAGUUACAAGAUAGUCCACCUGGGAAGCCAUAUGUAGCUCGAGCAAGAGCGCCUCCAUUACCUUUUCUUUUGUCAACCCUUCUCCAAUCAAGACCGCAAUUAAAGUUGCCAGAGGAGCAGUUUGGUGAUGAGGACAGUCUUGAUGAUGACCUUGAUGAAUCAUCAGAGUCUGAUGAUGAAAAUGAACAUGACGACUUGCCGCCAUUUAAACCUUUAACUAAGGCCCAGGUGGAAAAGCUGUCUAAAGCUCAUAAGAAAGCAUAUUUUGAUGAGUUGGAGUAUAGAGAGAAGCUUUUGAUGAAGAAGCAAUUGAAGGAAGAAAAAAAGCGACGGAAAAUGUUGAAGAAAAUGGCAGAAUCAGCAAAAGAUCUACCAAGUGACCAUAGUGAAAAUGUGGAAGAAGAAAGUGGUGGUGCAGCUUCUGUUCCUGUUCCCAUGCCAGAUUUGGCCCUGCCUGCUUCUUUUGAUUCUGAUAACCCCACUCACCGGUAUCGUUAUCUUGAUUCGUCAUCAAAUCAGUGGCUUGUAAGACCUGUUUUAGAAACUCACGGAUGGGAUCAUGAUGUGGGUUAUGAAGGGUUGAAUGUAGAGAGAUUGUUCGUUCUCAAGGAAAAGAUACCUUUAUCUUUCUCUGGUCAGGUUACUAAAGAUAAAAAGGAUGCUAAUGUUCAGAUGGAAAUAUCCAGUUCAGUUAAGCAUGGGAAAGGGAAAGCAACUUCAUUAGGUUUUGAUUUGCAAACUGUGGGGAAGGACUUGGCUUAUACAUUACGCAGUGAGACAAGAUUUACUAAUUUUAGAAGAAAUAAUGCAACCGCUGGUCUCUCAUUUACUUUACUUGGUGAUGCCUUAUCAUCUGGAUUGAAGAUUGAAGACAAAUUGGUUGCUAGUAAGCGAUUCAAGCUGGUUGUCAGUGGUGGCGCAAUGACAGGGCGUGGCGACAUUGCUUAUGGUGGCAGUUUGGAGGCCCAACUGAGAGAUAAGGAUUACCCUCUUGGUCGUUUCUUAACCACACUUGGCCUUUCUGUUAUGGAUUGGCAUGGAGAUCUUGCUGUUGGGUACAAUGUGCAAUCUCAGAUCCCAGUAGGACGUUAUACAAACCUUGUUGCCCGGGCCAAUUUGAACAAUCGAGGGGCCGGACAAAUAAGUAUUCGAUUAAAUAGUUCAGAACAGCUUCAAAUUGCUUUGAUUGGUCUCAUCCCUCUCCUAAAGAAGCUAGUUGGUUAUCAUCAACAAUUGCAGUUUGGACAAUACUGAUGAUGAUAGCGUUAGUUUAUUUGAGCUGGAGCACUUUGAUGGUAUUAGGGAAUGAUUUCAAGAUGGCAUCUUUCAUGAAAUGAGUGAUACUGAUUUUCGUUAUGUUUUUUAUACUCGAAAGUUUGUCUUAUUUGAUCAUUUUCUCUGUAAGCAAUUCUCUUUUGGUGGUUUUGUUAUAUUAUGCUGCUGAACUCUAAGAAUUACAUCAAUUUAUUCUUGUCUUCUGCGUAUAUAUUUAAGGCAUUGUAAAUUCUUCUCUUCUUUCUUAGAAUGUUGUCACUUGUACUUUUCGGCUUCUCCAUACUCUAAUAGCAGUUUGUGC